AUGGAGCUGACCGUGUGCAGCCUGGCUGGGGAGUCGCUGUGUGUGGUCGAGAUGGAAGGCAUCCAGAAGCUCUCCGAGCUGAAGGACGUGAUCGAGCGUCGAGCGAAGAUCCCUUCGCGCUUGCAGAAGCUCUUGCUUGCGGGUCAGAUCUUGAAAAAUACCGAGAACCUCCAGGAGGUACUUGCCGAAACUCCAGUCGGGGAGAUUACCCUCAUCCGCACGGACAAGUGGAUCGAAGAGGUGGAACAGGAUUGGCGGCGCCUGCGGAAAGCCUCAGAUGCUGUGCGGAAUGACCGGGAGCUGGUGUUGGCUGCGAUCAAUGCUAGCGAGGGACAAGCCAUCAAGUACGCAGGCGAUGAGGCUCGGUCCGAUGCCGAGAUCAUUUCCGCCGCCAUGGACUUCGACAGUGCCCUGUGCCGCUACGCCACCGGGCGGCUGCACACGGACCGAAGCUUCCUUCUGAAAGCGCUGCGGGCAGCCAGCACUCGAGGACUUGGGAGGAAGUUCCACUCCUACUUCCGCUGGUACGACUCGGGGUUGGCUUGGGAUCGGGAAUUCAUGAGCCUGAUUCUGCAGGAGGAUGGUGCUUGGCUCCGCUUCGCGCCGUUGGAACUGCAGAACGACCCGCAGCUGGUGCGAAUCGCGAUCGAGAGCUAUCCGGGUGCGUGGCGCUCCCUCGCCGAUCGCUCCGCACUGCGGGGUGACCGGGAGUUUGCGGCCUGGGCGGUGCAGAGAGACUUGCUGAACCUGAAUUAUGUCUCAGAGGAGCUCCGUGCCGAUCGCGUCUUCGUGCUCGCAGCCUUGGCGGCGGCGCCCGUCCUCGCCACGAGUGGCUCGUUGCUGGCGAACUUGUCGAAGGAGCUGCGAGCGGAUGGGGAGGUGGUCGCUGCUGCGCUGUGGCACCAGCAGGCGUGGAACGUUCAGAAUGAGCUCCAGUACGUCAUCGGCGCUGCAAGACAUCACCCGGAGGUCCGCCAGCUCCUGAAUGCCCACGGCCUCACCGCGUGGCCCGUCGCACGCCCGCCGGGGCGAAGCGGCGGGCGACAGAGGUCGCCCUGCGGAGCACGGAAGAAGCAGGUGGAGCAGGGCCCCGAACGACCAUCGCUGCACUUCUCCAACGAACUUCGAGAGAUCCUCGAGCACGUGGACACGUCGAAGCAAACGCUUGACUUUUGGCUUCAACUGGUGGAGAGAGAUCCUUUGGUGCUAGGCGUGGUUGAAGAGCAGCAACAGGAGAAAGGCCUAGUGCUUGCGGCAGUGAAGAAGUGCGGUAUGGCCUUGGCCUUUGCCAAGAAGGAACUGUCAGAAGAUCUGGACAUUGUCAGGGCCGCCUUGAAGAACACGCAGUUGGCGUAUGACUUCAUACCAGAGGCGCUUCGCUCGCAGAAGGAGGUUGCUUUGAUGGCCUUGGAGUUCUGCCAUAAGCCGCUGCCCAAGGAGCUCCUCUCACAGAAGGACCACGGCUGCCGUGCCCAGCCGCCGUUCGACGUUUUAAUGAAGCGUGCGGCCAAGGAGCGAGAACGAGAGGAAGCGAGACGGAAAGCCAAAGAAGCCCGAGAGGGGAAUGAUGGAUACAUGGAACAAGAUGGAGAAGCAGAGGAGCGGAAGAAGCUGAAAUGCCAAGAUCCUGAGGUGGUGGCCGCCUUCGAUUACGCCAGCGUGCUCCCGCUUUUGCCCGAGCCAUUUCUGGCCGGCCGGCUACCAGCACCACUGACGAGCACCUAUGUGAAGAUGCACUUGGGCAACAUCCUUCCUCAGGUGUUGGGCAACAUCACGCAGUGGACCACUGACAUCAGAGAAGCUGCAGCGAGGCUCCUUCAGGUGGUGCUGGUCAUCGCCAAUCGCCACAUCGCGCCCUUCCUGGAUGCGGUUCUGGUGCACCUCUACAAGGCUCAGGCGGACGAUGACCAAAAAGUGUCGAUCAUCUCGCGCUCCUGUGCCUCGAUGGUGGGCGUGUUCCUGGACUCAGAGAUGGUCUUGGAGGUGGUGGGGAAGCACUUGGGCCUCAAGCAUGAAGGAGGGCAAAGGAAGGGUACCUCCUUUGAUGAACUCUGGCCGCAAGACAAACACGGGCGCCAGACUACACGCACUGUGCAGGACGUGUUGUCGGGUGUGAAGAAUUUCGCCGCAACCACUGCGGAGUCCAGGCGUCAAGUCUUCAUCGUGCUGGCGCGCUUGCUUCAUCCGACGUCGGGCAGCUCGGGCAGCUUCCGGCGGCCCUUGACGGCCUCGGAGGUGAAGUUGGCGCUGCGCUUCUUGGAGGAGGGCGUGCGGAGCGAGCUCUUGCCGGCCGUCCUGGCUGCCACUGAAGCGCUCUUGAACGCAGGCCAAGACGCUUGCAUCGAUGAGUGGCCCAGGGUCUUCGAUCUGCUUCUACGCAUGAAGAGCGGAGAGGAGUGCAACGCGAAGACCGUGGACGCCAACAUCGAACACCUCGCGCAACUCUUGGGUCGGUCGCAGCUGCAGCUCUAUGAGCAGCACUUGAGGAGCCGCUUGGGCGAUUUGCUACAGGGUGCAGAUGCGGUUCUUUGGGAGGACACCAGUCCCAACCGCCACAUCCUGGAGACCUUGCUGCGGAAUUCCGGUGCUGCUGUCGCUGAGCAUGUGGGCAGUUUGAUGCCAGUGCUGGCGCGUCAAGCAAGCUCAGAGGAUGCUAGCGCCUCGGCGCGGGUGGACUUGCUGGGCCUGGUGCACUUCCUGGUGAACGAGGAGGAUGAGGGCUUGGCCGAAGCGAUUCGCGCCAACUCUUUAGCGCUGCUGGAUGGUGUCUUGUUGCCCAACUGUUCCUGGAGGCCUGGCCAGUCCAAUGGAAAGAUCCGCCGCGGUGGGAUGGUCUGUGUCCAUUCGCUCCUGCGACGACACCUGGUGCCGCCCGCGGUGCUGAACGAGGUCUUCGUGGAUUUGAUGCCCAUCCUGAAGAGCUGUUUGGAUGAUAGCUGGUCGCCGGAUAACCGGAUGAUCGCCUGCUUGGUGCUCUCCUGUACCUUGGGCGACCUGCAGGCGGAGAUCAACGGCGAACAGUUGCGCGAGGUCUACCCAGAGCUGCUGAAACGACUGGAUGACUCCAACGACAAGAUCCGCGUGGCCGUGUGCGAGGCCUUGGACGUCUUCUUCAAGUGCCUACCGCACAACUGGAGCCGGACCCUCUUCGAGUACAUCCUCCGCAACCUCUUUGUGCAUUUGGAUGAUCCGAAUCCCGAGAUUCAGCAGGGCAUCUAUACCGUCCUUCAAUCAGCAGUGCACCAGGACUACCAGACCUUCCUAAAGGAAGCACAGAGCGCCGCAGCAAAGAGCUCCCAUCCACGGCUGUGCGAAGAAUUGGUUCGCUUGGCCGAAAGCCUCCAAAAAGCUUCGGGGGAGGUGUCCCCUGAAAAUCGACUUGCAGAGUAUGAGCUGUGA